UCUGGAUCUAUUGUCAGGAGAGGAAAUUGGAAUCAAACAGCAGCAAGAGGCAGCUGGGCGGUCACAUCUGGGAAUGCAAAAUCGACCUCCCCCUCCUCCCGUCUCACCCUGGAUCACUUCAGAAAGCACUUCUGCUUCAUCCCUGCCUCAACCAGAGGUUUCAUUUUUAACUGAAUAUUUACGAAAACUGGAGAAGAAAGGGGGGUGGGGUGGGCUGGAAACAGAGACUGCUUUUUUUCCAGGGAUUUCUUUCAUGGGGAUGUGUUCAAGGCAAGAGAGAAUUCAGAAGGAUAUCGACAUUGUGAUACAGAAGUCCAAGGCAGAGAAGGACUGCCUGUUUGCAGAUUUCAGAUACUCAGACUCCACUUUUACUUUCACCUACGUUGGAGGCACCAAAAGUGUAUCCUAUUCGGUACAUGUAUCAGAAGAUUAUCCAGAUAAUACAUAUGUUUCGAGUUCAGACAAUGAUGAAGAUGUGCUAGUUACCACUGAGCCAAUUCCCAUAAUUUUCCACCGAAUAGCAACAGAAUUAAAAAAACCCAAUGACAUUCCGUGUUGUUUAUCCAUAAAAUCAAAAUUACAAAAGGAAAAUGGAGAGGAGUCAAGACAAAAUAGUACAGUGGAAGAAGAUUCGGAAGGAGACAAUGAUUCUGAAGAAUUUUAUUAUGGAGGGCAGGUGAACUAUGAUGGAGAACUUCACAAACACCCACAGCUGGAAGCUGAUUUGACAGCAGUGAGAGAAAUAUAUGGGCCUCAUGCAGUUUCUCUCAGGGAAUAUGGAGCCAUUGAUGAUGUAGAUAUUGAUCUGCAUAUUGAUGUUAGCUUUCUUGAUGAAGAGAUUGCUGUGGCUUGGGAUGUGAUUCGAACGGAGCCUAUAAUAGUACGACUGCACUGUUCACUUACACAAUAUUUAAAUGGGCCAGUGCCCACUGUGGAUGUGUUUCAGAUUUCCACAAAAGAAAGAUUUGGAUUGGGACAUCAGUUGAAAAAAAUCAUGCAGACAUAUGUUACACAACAGUGGAAACAGAGCAAAGAAAAAUCCAACUGCACACACAAUAAGAAGUUCUCAGAGAAGAAAGUGAAAUCCCCUCUUCACAUAUUUUCUACCUUGCGCAGGUCGCCGAGUUACCCUCCCCCAGGUUGUGGUAAAAGCAAAUCCAAACUGAAACCAGAGCAAGAUGGCAUCUCCAAAAGUCACAAGCUGCUGCGAAGGACUUGUUCCAGCACAGUCAAGGCUGAGGACGUGUGUGGGACCAAGUCCCACAGGACCUUUGGCCGCUCCCUGUCCAGCGACCCCCGGGCUGAGCAGGCCGUGACUAUUAAGUCGCACAAGCUGCUGAGCCGUCCCUGUGCUGCGGCUGUCAAACAGGAGGAGUGCAUCACUCUAAAGCCUCAUAAAUUAUUGACUCGAUCGUGUUCUGGGGACCCUCGAUGUGAGCACAACAGUACUCUGAAGCCCCACAAACUGCUGAGCAGAUCUUACUCCAGUAACCUGAGAAUGGAGGAGCUGGAUGGGCUGAAGAGCCACAAGUUACUCAGCAAGUCUCAACACAGCGCCCCCAAAUCGUCGUCCAAAACGGAGCUUUUCAAGGAACCCAUUGCAGAGGGCAGGAGACUCUCUCUUACCUCAGGGCUUAUUGGUAUCUUAACACCCUCUACAUCUUCAUCGCCCCAGACUGCUCCAAAUUAUAAUGCAAAAUGCAUUCCAGUACGAGACCGAGGUUUUCUUAUACAGACAAUUGAGUUUGCUGAGCAGCGGAUACCUGUUCUAAAUGAAUACUGUGUAGUCUGUGAUGAACCCCAUGUGUUUCAAAAUGGCCCAAUGUUAAGGCCUACCGUGUGUGAACGUGAGCUAUGCGUAUGCUUUCAAACUCUUGGAGUAAUGAAUGAAGCUGCUGAUGAAAUAGCAACUGGGGCUCAGGUGGUAGACCUGCUUGUGUCAAUGUGUCGAUCUGCCCUGGAAUCUCCCAGGAAAGUGGUUAUUUUUGAGCCAUAUCCGUCUGUGGUAGAUCCUAACGAUCCUCAAAUGCUGGCCUUCAAUCCUAGGAAGAAGAACUAUGACCGAGUAAUGAAAGCAUUGGAUAGUAUUACAUCUAUUAGAGAAAUGACACAGGCACCAUAUUUGGAAAUCAAGAAACAGAUGGAUAAACAGGACCCCCUUGCUCAUCCUCUGUUGCAAUGGGUUAUUUCAAGUAAUAGGUCGCAUAUUGUGAAACUGCCAGUUAACCGGCAAUUGAAGUUCAUGCACACUCCCCAUCAGUUUCUCCUUCUCAGCAGUCCACCAGCCAAAGAAUCCAAUUUUAGAGCUGCUAAAAAACUCUUUGGAAGUACCUUUGCAUUUCAUGGCUCCCACAUUGAAAACUGGCACUCCAUCUUGAGGAAUGGCUUAGUCGUUGCUUCAAAUACACGCCUGCAGCUCCAUGGUGCAAUGUAUGGGAGUGGAAUAUAUCUUAGUCCAUUGUCAAGCAUAUCAUUUGGUUACUCAGGGAUGAACAAGAAACAGAAGGUGUCAGCCAAGGAUGAACCGGCCUCCAGCAGUAAAGGCAGUAAUACUUUACAGUCUCAGAAAAAAGGACAGCAGUCCCAGUUCUUGCAAAGCCGUAACUUAAAAUGCAUAGCCUUAUGUGAAGUCAUAACAUCACCAGAUCUGCACAAGCAUGGAGAGAUAUGGGUUGUUCCAAAUACUGAUCAUGUCUGUACAAGAUUCUUCUUUGUUUAUGAAGAUGGUCAAGUAGGAGAUACAAGCAUUAACACUCAAGAAGGAGGCAUUCAUAAAGAGAUUCUCCGGGUAAUUGGUAACCAAACUGCAACUGGCUAAAGGACCACUGUGGUUUCACUAUCAUGAUUUGAAAGCCUUCCUCGGUUUCAAAGCUGGAUUUUGAACUGAAGAAGAUGAAAAAAAAAUUGUUAUUAUAAACCAAAUUAACCCUUUGAAUACUGAUUUUUUUCUUAGUAUUUCUAAGUCUCAUUGAAAUACCUAAAAUGGUAGCAAUUUGCCAACUGUAGGGGUAUGGAAUCUAGUAAUAAAAUUCAACAGCACUUAAACAAAAGUUUGGGCUGCUCACAAUAAAAAAGAUUUAAAAAGGAGUUUUGUGCUGAUAUUUUUAUAUUAAACUCUUUAAUUGGACAUAUUGGUAUUAUAUACCGGCAUUUUAAAUUUAGGUUAAACAAAAUAGAACAAAGAGAGAAUAUUUUAUAAUGGAGCCUACAUCUAUACAGGAUACUUUGCAAUAAGUAUUAUGUUUGUACAUUCAAAUGUACUAUAUUUAUUAGUACUAUGGGUCAUUGGAAUGUCUUGGAAGGAUGUUACUACUUAUCCUAGUUUUUUUUUUCUAAUUCAAAAAAUAACUAGGAUUUAGAUGCAGUUCCUUGCCAAAAAAAAAGUAAGUAUAUAUGUGUUUUGCAUAUAUAUGCAUAUAUGUGUGUGUGUGUAUAAAUAUGAUCAUAAAUGUAUCUAUACAUGCACACACACAUAUAUGUGACCACACUGAUGGUGCAAAUCUAGGAUCCUAUCCUCAUCCUGUAUGAAGACAUAAACUUCAAAAAUCAGUAAAUCUGGAUCUAAACAAGAUAUGAGCCAACUCCUAGCCCCUUCACUCAAAUUAUGGGUAACUUUUCAUUGAAAAUGUGUGUGUGUACAAUUUUUCUAGUUGCCCAUGUUUUACAUAACAGGCUAAAGAAAAUAUUGUACAUAUUCAGCUCCCACUAUGUGAAAGUUCAUCAUUUAAAUUUCACCACCAUUUUGGGGUUAUUGAUAAAUUUCUACAUGAACUAAAUAUAAUGUUUAAUACUUAAAAUUUGAUGAUCAUUUAUUCAAAAUCAAUCCCUGAAAGUUUAAGCAGAAUUUUUUUUUAAUUUCCUGCCAUGGGAACAGAGGCAGUGUUGGUCAAUGGAAAGAGCACUGAACUAGAUUUCCGGAGGCUUGGUCUUGGCCCUAUCACAAAUUACCUUUUGUGACCUUGGGCAUCAUUUUCCUCAUCCAGAAAAUGGGAUUAGAUGGAACUAAAUGAUCCUAAGGUCCCUUCAAACUCUGAUGUUAUAUGAUUCUAUUUUUAAAAAUAUUACAAUACCUUUGUGUUAUGUCAG